CUUAGUAGAAUGGCGGCUGCUGCUUGUGGUCCUCACGGCGGCACCGCGGCAAAGCCACACAAAGAACACCCGCGAAAAAGUAAGGACUCACGCCGGAGACAGGCGGCCCUGCUGUUCCUCAAUAAUAUAUCGCUAGACGGACGACCUGUCUACGCUCUAAGUAAUGAGCCCAGAGAAACUUGGCAGCAAAGCCUUGAAGUCGGAGCACCGGCGCUUUCUUUCCCGGUGUCCACGGCAAGCAGCUGCGGGAAUUUCAGCCAGCUGUCGCCGCUCAGUGGAACUGCUUUACCGAGGACUAACACCUGUCCCCCGGCUCCGCUCUCCAUGGUAGCGAUAGCAGGGGUAAAUAGCAGUGAGGGUUCCUCGGAGAGAACGGACCCUUUGUCAUCUCUAGGAUUCCCUUUUUCUCCGACCACCGGAGCUCAAAACACACAGGCGACCAGCGUUAAGUCUCCGGCGGCGGGGUCAGGGGCAAACCCCGGGCCGCUGGAGCUCCGGCAGAGAACACGUAAUCAGUCAGGGUCUCCUGGACCUGUGAUGUAUAAGAAAGUGCACUUUAUCAAGAACAUGCGUCAGUAUGACACUCGAGGCAGCAGGAUUGUUGUGAUGUGUGCCAAACGGUCUCUGUGUGCUGCUUUCUCUGUACUGCCCUAUGGAGAGAGCUUUCACACCAGUGAGGAGGCCCAGAGACAGAGGAACCCAUCAGGUGGAGGAUCUGAUUCAGUUCCUGUGUUGGAGGGUGUGGAACUCGGGGCUUUGGGGAAGACAGUAUCUUAUGCCCGGUUCCUACUUCCUACCAAUGCUUUGGUCAGGCAGAAAAGCAAUGUCCCUCCGGAUCCCACCACUGGCCAGACACCGAUGUCCCGAAAUUGGAUAAACAACCAGAAGAACUUUAGCCACCAGCGAUUGUGUAGCAACGUUGGACAAGAAGCUGGUGUGGAAGAGUUGUCUGAUUACGAUCCAAACCUGUUAAGUGAUCCUCAGUGGCCAUGUGGAAAGCACAAGAGGGUCUUAAUCUUUGGCUCUUACGUGACAACUGUUAUUGAAUAUGUAAAACCUUCUGACCUGAAGAAAGACAUGAAUGAGACAUUCAGGGAGAAGUUUCCCCAUAUUAAACUGACAUUAAGCAAAAUAAGAAGCUUGAAAAGAGACAUGUGUGCAGUAAGUGAGGAGUGUGGUCUACAGCCGGUUACCAUAGCGAUGGCCUAUGUGUACUUUGAGAAGCUGGUUCUGCAGGGUCGCCUGAACAAGCCCAACAGGAAACUUGUAUCUGCAGUGUGUGUGCUGCUGGCAGCCAAAAUCAGCAGUGACCUUAAGAAAGUGGAGGUUAAACAGCUGAUAGACAAGCUGGAAGAGCGUUUUCGAAUAAGUCGUCGGGAGCUCAUUCCCCUGGAGUUCCCCGUUCUGGUUGCACUGGAAAUGGCUCUCUACCUCCCCGACAGUAAGGUCAUGCCACACUAUCGCAGGUUGGUGCAGCAGGUAUAGAAUCGGAGAAAGCCCGUCAAGCUGCGGAACCUCAAAGACAUGCAUCCUGCUGACCUUCCUGUGUUCAGUUGUGUGAUUAGUCUUCCAUGUGGUUCAGCCCUCAUGGUCGAUGUGCUGAUUAGUUAUGGAGCUGGACAUUUAUCAAAAGUGUCAACCUUAUAUUUUUCCCCCCCGAAGUGUUUUUACUUAUGACUGUAAUUUAUUUUCAAUGUUUUAUUUAUUAAAACAGAUGUAUAUUUGUAGAUUAUCAGUACAUAAGUAUGGAGACUAGCCUUUUUUUCUUAACAGUAAUGUGGAGUGUCUUGUCUGUGUAACAGUCUUUAGGAUACGACUCUAUGUUAGAGAUGACAUUUUCCAGGCACGUUGUUUGUGCCGUCCUUAACAGAUGUUCCGUGCGUGCGCUCCCUAAAUACAUUAGUUCGUCUCUUGUAUAUAAAUUGAGUGUGCAGUGAAAUGUUCUGUGAGCAGUGUACAUGAUUGUAAUGUCAAUCUCCUCUAGCUUUACAUACAUGAGUGCCAAUUUAAUCAGACCAGCUUGUAAUUAAUUUGGUGGAAAUGAGAUUAAAAGUUAUUUUACAUUA